AUGGUUUUAUUAAUUUUUAUUGGGAUCAUCACUUUUUAUCAUAAAGGUUCAGAUCUUGAUUCGCUUAAACUUCGUGAUGUUAGAGGUUUGAUACCAUAUUCUCCUAGAAAUUUGGAACUUAUGUCACCUUACCAUGUUAUAGAAAGAAGAAACUUCUGGGCUUGGUUUACUGCUGCUGCAAUUGGAGGAUUUUUGGUUGCUGCUGCAGGUAUGGCAGGUGCUUGGUGGGUAAAUGCUUGUGGAACUACUGCAGCGCUUGCAACACCUACAUGCUGGUAUGCUGCUGCUGGUAUAGCUGUAGUUGCAGGACUUGGAACUGCUUUAACUGCUGCUGCUGGUGCUAAUCUUGGUAAUGCUAAAAGAGAUGAUGAUACGUUAGAGUUGGAAAUUGCCAGACAUGGCUAUUUAGGCAAGUAUCAUAUUGAUGAACAUUAUAAUACCACUGCCCAUCAAAAAAUUUUGUCAAUUCUUUCAGAGAGCCAUGGUUUUAGCAAUGUUAGAACAUUUACCAUUGGUACAGAGGAUGUUGAUUUAAAUGAAAGAGACGGAGACGAAACUGAGAUUCUUCCAAACGUGAUUUCUUGGGAAUCAUCAUAUGGUAAUCAUUCAGCUGCUUACACAAAUAAAUUAAUUGAUGUAAUUGAAAUGGCCCAGCAAAUUCAAAAGUCCCAACCAAUACCAGCAGGUUUGGAUAAUAUCGAUCAUUUAAUGGGUAAUAAAACUAUGCAAAAGAGACAAAAUUAUUUUGAUGUUGAUUAUGUAACAUGGAAUUGGGAUAAUGGUAAUCAAGAUUUAGAGCGUACUUUGACACAAGAUAGAGGAAUGGAAGAAAUGUGGGAAUAUGAUCAAGAAGUUCCAGAUUAUUUUCAUAAUAAUGGUGGUUGGAAAUUCUGCGGUACAGCAACAGUCAACCCUAAUCCAGGUCAAAAUGAAGGAUACGAUCAAUUAGGACAAGAUAAUGCUUUGCACGGGGAGUUUUAUUUCAACACAUAUGGAGGUGUAGAUGGUUAUUGUAAUGACAAUAAAGAUGGUGCACAAUGUAGUGAUGGAGGUUGUGGAAAUUAA